AUGAAGGGACAAUUAAUUUAUAUCGUUUCUGUUUUUGUAUUUUUUCUCAAUUGUGUGUGGUGCAAUUCAAAGAAUAAUAAUAAACGAAGAAAUUAUAAGAAAAAAGAAGACUUAAAAAAUUUUGAUAAUAUUGUUCUUGAUGAUUUUUAUUCAUCAUUUGAUUCCCAACAUAAUUAUGAAAAUAAAUUAAAAAAAAAUGAAGAUGAUAUUAUUGGACAAGGUAUCUUUUCACUUAUAAGUAAAAAUAAUCAAGAAAAGGAAAAGACACUAAAAGGGGAAACAGAAGAAAAUAAACCUACAGAAACGGAAGUCCAAGGUGAACAAAAUACUGAAGAUGCUCAAAGUGCUCAAGCUGAAGAAGGUACUCAAGCGGAUGACCAAGGUGCUCAACUUGCUCAACCUAAACAAGGUACUCAAGCUGAACAAGCUGAACAAGCUGAUCAAGCUGAUCAAUCUCCUAAAGCGGAUGAACCAGUUCAAAAACCAGCAGAAGAGAAAGACACAAAAUCACCAGUUCCUCCUUCACAACAAAAUGGAGAUUCUAAUAAUAAUACAUCACACUUAAAUACACCAACCGUUAAACGCUUGGAUGAAAUUUUCGAUGAUGUUCUUACACAAUUAAAUAAAAAAUCUCAAGUUGACACUGAUGCAAAUAAAGAUAAAUAUAAUGAAUUUAAAAAAGAGUUUGAUAUGUUUACUAUGAAUGUAACUGAAUAUGAAAUAAUUAAAAAAUUACUUGUUACAUUCUCAGAGACGAUUGAUAAAAAUAAUCAAAUUGAAACAAAAAUAGAACAUAUAUUUAAUAAAGCUUUAACUGAUAAUAAAUAUAAAGAACAAUUUAAAAACUUUAUUUACGGAUUAUAUAGCUUUACUAAAAGACAUAAUUAUAUAACAGUUAAUAAAACUGAUGAAACAACAGUUCAUAAGGCUUUAUUUGAAAAUGCUCUUAAUUUAAUAAAUACUAUUUAG